GGAACAGUGUCGGCAAAACAGCGAGAACCAACCGUUGAGCCUGGUUGAGCUUUGAUGGAGAGUCAACUUUGGCCGAAAACAUUGUGUUUCAAACUAUUAAUAGGCAUUGAAGUGGCGACGAGAGCUGUUUCAAAUAUUGCAAGCUCCUUUAACACAAGCAAACUAGGCUGCAAAUUUCCAACCAUCUCGAUCUCAAAAUCUGAAAGCAGCUCAACAACCUUUAUUUUUGUCAUCAAUAAGGUAGGCAAGAUUGGCAGCUGAUUUCAAAGCGAGAAUGACUUAUCCCCGCACAGUUCGUUAUUCUACGCUCGUCCGCUUUAUUUUCCCCGUCGCCCUGGUGUCUCUGCUUGUCGUCAUCUUCGCCGUCGUUGUAAUAGAUUUGGUUUUCACCAUGUCACUAGGGCUCAAUGGUCGCUGCGAGCCACAUCUGCCAGCAACUGAUGAACGGAUCAAGAAAUUGAUGCUGUCCAACGUGCACGAGUGCCGAGCUGACAAAUCAAGGGAAAUAUCAGAAACUACCAAAUUUCUCCGAGAGAAAAAUGACAAACUAAACAAGAAAGUUCAUGAGCUGCUGCUGCAACGACGCAAAGAAAUGUCCACAGCAGAAAAAAAUGCUCUUGAAAAUGAGCUGACGGUGAAUCGCGAGUUGUUCGAUUACCUGGUGGCAAGUUUGCGCGACACUCCUUAUCCCGGAGUGGACAACUACACCCGCUACACCGUGGCUCGAUUGGGAUUGGCUCCUUUGGUUGGUGCGGAGCCGCUGAUUCCCGAAUUCGGUCCCGUCAUCAACGACGUCCUCUCGUUCAAAUAUCCCAUCUCCGUUCCGCCGUGCCAGGAUCGAGUCAUCACCGGUGGUCGAACUGUUUUCGUCGCUGUCAUAUCGACGGCUGAGAAUUCCGACAAGCGGAAACUAAUUCGACAAAAGUGGAAAAAUAAAUUAAAAGAAGUGCACGAAGAGGGUCUACUCGUAGUUGGAGGUUUCGCGUUCGUUUUGGGUCUGACGGAAGAUCAGGAAACGCAAAGUAGCAUCGAGGAAGAGGCCAAGACUAACGAGGACAUCAUUCAGAUCGACAUUCCUGAUAUCGACGAGAAUUUGCCUCUGAAAAGAAUCGCUGUGCUCAACUGGGUGAACAACCAAUGCGGUGAAAUUGAUUUCGUUGUCAAAGUAUCCGACAACGUUGACGUCAACGUUCUCAAUCUAGCCCAAUUUGUCCACUCCCACCACCACAACUCCAAUAAAAGCGUUUUCGGAGUUGGGAAAUACAGCUUGGGUCGGCCUGAUCGAGCGAAUUUGUCAGCGGACGAAAAAUGGAAAAUGGCUGUCGAGGAGUGGCCGUGGAAACAGUACCCCCCUCACAUAUUGGGAGACAUGAUGGUUUUGAUAACCGGAAAUUCUAUUCGGCCGUUAUUAGCUGCUUGUCAGACGACGCCUCUUAUGCCGGUGGAAAACGUCUACUUCUAUGGGAUUUGUACGAAAAAAGCUGGCAUUCAAAAUCACAAUUACACAGGCCCCUCUUUGAUUCAAUAAUUGAUGGGCUCCCAGCACAACCAUGCACUCACCAUCAACACUAAAAUUAAUGAAGUUGACGACCAUUGAUUUUCAUUAUAAAUAAAAGCUUUACCAAAUUUGCCUAAUUUUGAGGUAGUUGUCGCAUUAUCGCAUAAUUAUACAUUUAGAAUAAUAAUCGCGUUAUCGCAAAAGGGUACAUGGUAAAAUGGUUUUUAUCAACUAUUUGUUGAUUCCAAAUGCCCCGGGUUCCUAUCUUACUCCAUUCACAUUUCCGAUUGUCCCUUCCUCCCACUGUUCCCAUGUCUAUGUAUAAUAUACAAUACAUUGUACUAACAAAACUACUAACUAAAUCUUACAUGUACUAACACUCUGUUGGAACAGCAACCUAACGAUCAGGU